GACGGUGAGUGAAUGGUGGGGCUGGGCUGUGCGGUCCCUUCCCUCAAUAAGACACAUAGAAACAAAAAGUUAUAACUUAUAAAUUCCAUUUCCCCUUAUUUACUUGUUUCUUGGAUUCCUCCAUUUCCAAAUCCUUCACCCUCUACACACUACGAUACCAUUCUUUGCAUAAUACGAAAUCAUGGCAUCCGUUCAAAAAGUACUCGAUACAUUGCACAUGGGAGGCAAGGCACAAGCUGCCCCUCCUAAAGAGCCCAGCUCCACCGAGCUUGAACAGCUUAAGGAGAAGUACGCCAAAGCAAAGCAAGACCAAGUUUUUGCAUUUUACGAUACCCUCGAAGUUGCAGAGAAAGCUGCUCUCUACGAACAGCUUUCCAAUUUCGAUCCUGAAUAUAUCAACAAAAUCACCGACGCAGCUCUAAACCCACCCAAAACCCAAGAUGCCGACAAAGAAACUGGUCUCGAGCCACUCCCUGAGUCUGCGACUGCCAGUAUCCUCGAUUCACAAGCUGAAGAUAUUGAGAAGUGGUAUGAAACGGGUUUGGAUUUGAUUGCUGAAAACAAGGUUGCAGUGGUACUUAUGGCUGGUGGCCAAGGAACCCGUUUAGGAAGUUCAGCUCCAAAGGGCUGCUUCAAUAUUGGUCUACCUUCCGAAAAAUCCCUUUUCCAAAUACAGGCAGAACGUAUCCGCAGAGUUCAGAGAUUGGCACAUAAGAAGGCUGGUUAUGCAGCGGAUAAAAAGGUGGUGGUUCCAUGGUAUGUGAUGACCAGCGGACCAACUCGAGGACCUACCGCAGACUACUUUGAGGAAAAUAAAUACUUUGGCUUGGAAAAGGAGAAUGUUAUUAUCUUCGAACAAGGUGUUCUUCCUUGCAUUUCGAAUGAUGGUAAGAUUCUCCUGGAGAGUAAGGGUAAGGUUGCUGUUGCACCAGAUGGAAACGGUGGUAUCUACCAAGCCAUUGUCACAUCAAAUGUUAUGUCUGACAUGACCAACCGGGGUAUUCAACACAUUCACGCUUACUGCGUCGACAACUGUCUCGUCAAAGUCGCAGAUCCAGUAUUCAUUGGGUUUUCAGCUUCUAAAGAUGUCGACAUUGCUACAAAGGUUGUGCGAAAGAGAGAUGCCACCGAAUCUGUUGGUCUGAUCCUUCUCAAGAAUGGCAAGCCAGAUGUUGUUGAAUAUUCUGAAAUCGACAAGGAUACUGCUGAAGCUAAAGAUGUCAAGCAACCAGAUGUCCUGAAGUUCAGAGCAGCAAACAUCGUCAACCACUAUUACUCUUUUCGAUUCUUGGAAUCGAUCCCUCAAUGGGCCCACAAAUUACCUCACCAUGUUGCAAGAAAGAAGAUUCCUUACGUGGAUACUGAGAAGGGUACAACUGUCAAACCUGAGAAGCCAAAUGGUAUCAAACUUGAGCAAUUUGUCUUUGAUGUAUUCCCAAUGUUGGAACUUAACAAAUUUGCUUGUAUGGAAGUCAAACGUGAGGAUGAGUUCUCACCACUGAAGAACGCGAGGGGUACUGGCGAAGAUGAUCCAGAUACUAGUAAGAAACAUAUUAUGGAUCAAGGAAAACGAUGGGUGCAAGCUGCAGGUGCUACUGUUGUCGGCGAGAGUACCGAUGAUGGCAUCGAAGUUUCUCCAUUGAUCAGUUACGGUGGAGAAGGAUUGGAGAAGUUGAAGGGUCAGACCAUCACUGCCCCAGCUGUUUUGGAGAAGGAGCUGUCAUAAGUACCUUGGAAAGGUCAGAUGCACAAUUUAGGAACUUUUUGGAUUGGCUACAGGCCCUGAUAGCAAUAUUAUUAUUCAAUACAAGCGAAAUGUUCUGAAUUGAGCUGGAUAGCUAAAAGUACUACCUUCUAAUACAAGAUAUUAACAAGACUAGAAUAUCUACCGUGGCCCCAGUGACUCUCCAUUACCUGCCAUAUCCGAGGAGAACAUUAAAUCUGCGAUCUCAGCCUCUGAGGUGAGCAACAGCUAAGACUUUAGAACAAACAAAGGCUUCUAGUGUGCAUCCUAAGCCUCCAUUGCUGAACUAAAAGGAUAAGCCUUGCUUGAUGACCAUCAUUUGCCUCCACACAUCGUAUAGUUCUUGAGAGAUUUCUAGAAGAUUUCUAGUGCAGUCGUAAUGCAUUCGUUCAUCACCCACUCACAAUGGUGCAACAAGUACCGGUUAUCAGCAGCAGUCCAGAUGAUCAACCCCGCUGUUAUCAUUAUUCAUCAUAGAGUAAGCAACACGCUACCACCCACUACCCAGCGAGCCUAAAGUAAUCGGAUCUUUCCUUCCGUGGUGCGUGGGGGGGUGGGAGUGUCA